UUCGAAGAAGGAAGGCGAACUACUCACCGCUCCAUGUCGGUCAUGAGGUCUGUGUCCAUGAAGUCUCCUGCUUCUACGAACCUUUCUUGUGCUACCUGGCAUGCUCUGCGUCCACGCGCCAUCACCACUCUCCCCGUCACCUAUUUCGUUGGAAAAUUAUUCCCUAAGGCAAUCAUUUUGUGCAAUUUGCGGCGAUCACGCCGUCUGGCACUGCGAGCAAUUCGAGCUUCAUACAAGUAAGCCCUUCUGCAGUCGUCUCAAGCUGGAUUGAUAUUUUUUGCGAAUAUCUCUCGAAACAGCUUCGCGAUGAUAUCUGUUGUUGCUGAGACUGCAAACGAGUAGGCUUGGUGAUUCGUGCAUCAUUUCGAGGAUUUGAGGUAAUUGCGAUCAUAUUGUUGAGAAGCUUUGAGAUCACCAACGAUCAUGAACAUGGAUACUAUAGUUGAGGGAUCUCACGAAGGCGCUUCUACAAGUAGUCGUAAAUUAUCGACUCGAGAAAUCGAAGCCAAUGCGCAGUUGGAACAACUGAAGCGAGAAAACGAGCGUCUAAGAGCGACUAAAACAAAGACUCAUAUAGCUCCCACAAUAGAUGAGUCACCCCGAACUUUGCAAGCUCGGGAGCAGCUUGAGCAGCUGAGACUGGAGAAUGAGAGAUUAUUAGCGGACCGACCAAUACCGUCUGCUCCGCCCAUGUCUUCCCGCACAUACCAGAAGCUGAAUCAGAGUAUCCAAGCUGAGCCUGAAAACCCUCGGAGCGCAGGCUAUCCAAGCAUCGCUGGGUAUCCUGUGGUGUCAUCUCCUAAUGCCGAUGCCUCGGACACACGAACCACAGCAUGGAAUGUUUCUAGGACUGCUCCAAAUGUACCUCCUGCUGGCAUGUCUCCUCGAACAAUGCAGGCUAUGGAAGAACUGAAUGCAUUGAAGCAAGAAAAUGAUAAGCUCAAGUCCAGUAAAUUGGCUCCCCAGAGUUUGCAGCAGACACCUCGAACUGUUCAAGCUCAUGAAGACCAGCAGUCGCGCGUGUCACCACGAACCGUCCAGGCUCUGGAAGAGCUGAAUAACCUAAAGAAGGAAAACGAGAAGCUCAUUGCUAGUAAAGUGGCUGGACCACCUCCACCAUCUCGAGUCAUCCAAGAUGUUGGAGAUCGAAAUUCUCGGGUAUCUCCCCGGACUGUGCAAGCGCUGGAGGAAUUGAACGCACUCAAGAAAGAGAAUGAGAAGCUCGCAGCUAGUAAAACCUCAGCGCCACUACCACCAGCUGUUCCUUCUCGAACUGUUCAGGGUGUUGCAGAUCAAGGCUCUCGCGUCUCUCCUCGAACCGUACAGGCACUUGAGGAGAUGAAUGCGUUAAAGAAAGAAAAUGAGAAUUUGAUGGCAAGUAAUGUGGCCACCAAGUCGGCUCCAGCUACCAAGACAGGUGGUGAGAUCGAAGGUAAAAUGGCAUUCGAUGAGAGGAAGUUGGAUGAGGACAAGAACGUUGAGGAGGAAAAGCCGAAUUUAGAGGCGCAGGGAAGUUUUUCCUUCAAAGUUGACUUAGUCGAAAGCUCUGCAGCUGACAAAGCAAAAUCAACUGUAGUUGCAAAGUCGACUGAGGUUUCGCCUAUACCGGUCAUGUCUUCACGCACUAUUGCGCAAAUUAGAAAUGACCCUGCACUUAUUGAAGUAAAGACCAGAACAGCUCCAGCGGCACCGACACCUCCAUCCGAUCCCGCUAUGUCUGGCCGGACUAUGCAGGUUUUAGACGAGCUCGAGAAGAUUAAGAAAGAGAAUGAGUUGUUAAAAGCCAGCAAAGUAGCGGUUCCAGCUGGCAUGUCUGAUCGGACUCGUCAAGUUAUGGAUGAGCUUGAACAGGUUAAGCGGGAGAAUGCUAAGCUUAUGGCAGUUAAAGUCGAUGCAUCUGCGACCCAGCAGAGACGUUUAGCUUAUUUGGAGCAGAAUCAUGCUAUCGCUUCUAAAGCCCGUGCAGACGAAAUUAAGAAGAUGAUCCUUACAAGCCAAGAAUUGGAUCUUGCAUUUUUGGUAGAUGCUACUGGCAGCAUGCAGAUGUGCAUCAAUUUGAUCAAAGACACUGUGGCGAAUAUGGCUGCUGGGAUUAAGGCACAAUAUCCAGAGUGCAAACUGCGUGUAGCUUUUGCACCUUACAGGGAUUAUGAAGACACUGUUAAGGAUGAUGACGAGGCUUGUGACUUCACGAGCAGCUUCACUGGAUCUGAUAGUGCUUUUGUGAGAGCUUUGUCGAAGGUUCGUGCUUCUGGCGGAGGAGAUGAUGCAGAAGAUGUCUUCACCGGUAUCGCUCGUGUAGCGGGCUUAAGUUGGAAUUCUGUAAAUAGGAUUGUAAUUCAUAUUGCUGAUGCACCCUGCCAUGGUGUCCAAUUCCAUGAUGGAGUGGGUGACUUUUAUCCAGCGGGAGACAAAUACGGCCGUUCAAUCGAAGCUCAGCUGCGACUUCUACAUGACAAAAAUAUUUCAACUUAUUACUUUUGCCACUUGAAUACAAGCACGAGAAAAAUGUUACAGGAGUUCAAAAAAGGUGCCGGAGGCUUAUUGACAAUAACGGAGGAGCAGUUUGCCAACAUCAGCAAAAUUCCGGAGAAAGUGGUAACAUUGUGUCGAGGCACCAUCCAGAAAACACUGAGCGUUGUUGGGCACCCUGUUGCAAACCCUGCAGAUAUGAAAUAUGUGAACGAAGUUGUUGUGACGGCUAUACCCUCAUGGUCCGACGUUCCAUUGUUGACUGGUACUCACUACAGACAUAAGUGGUACCGAGCGCUUGAUGACCUGCUAAGCAAGAUCAACCGGAAAAUGGCAAUUGAUGAGGAACAUGUAGAUCACGUUCAAGUUCAGAUUGCGAAGCACCCAUUUAGCUCAGAGGGAGCAGUGAGAUGGCCAUACUACGCUAAGGUGACGCAUCCAAGUGAAGCUCCUCGGUUUAUGGUUGUCAAGAGGUUCAAGACUGCUUUGAACAAAGACGUUCGGGAAGUGCACAAAAGAGACCGAUAUUUAGCACAAAUGGAGGUGCAGUCCGUGGCCGCACAAAUGGCCGAGGAAUUCAACAACAGGACAUCAAACUUCAAGAAUGUAAAGAAGGUAGAGUUUACGCAAGUUACCACUCUGGAAGUUGGUUCUGGCCCAACUCGGAAGUUCUAUAACAUGGAGGAGGUUCUGGAAGGUACUUGGAUUCGAUAUUCCAAUAACGGUGGCUACGUGAAUACAUUGGACUAUGCCGCUGUUCUACAGGCUUUCACACAUUGGACACACGAGCGAUCUAGAGGUUUGCUGAUGGUGAACGACUUACAAGGUAUUCGGCAGAAAAAUGAGCAUGGGGAAAGUGUGUUUCGUCUCUGCGAUCCUGCCAUCCAUUGCACAGAUGUGAUGCGUUUCACACGUACUAACUUGGGCCCGGAAGGCUUCAAGCUGUUCUUUGACACUCACAAGUGCAAUGAUGUUUGUAAACACCUAGGAUUAGCAGUGGGUACAGCUGGGCGUACAAUAUCGGGCACCCACGUUGGUAAAUAUUGGUGAAAGUCAAACAUCCUAGGUUAGUGAGUGUGAUUUUGGAAUUUUGCUAUCUGCAACCCUCUUGUGGACUGUAACAUGUACAGUAGUGGUUCAGCUUAAAAGGUUGUAUGGACAUGCAUGGGGUAUAUAGGUGGCGAACAAGUUUUCGGUUGUGAUAUCCAUCUGAGUCUACUUUGAGAGGCAUCGAGGUAAUAAGAUCUGCUUGUUAAUGCGAUAUCUAAGCAGAUGCAUGUAUUACGAAACCGAGAGACUAUAUGUCUGAUAUUAAUGAAACCACUGGCAAGGUGUAGAGCUUUUGCCGACUACGAGGUUCCUCAUUAGAAAGAAAA